AUGUCCCAGCCUCAUACAUCGUCCCAGACACGUCUGCCGACCAGGACCAGGUCUCGUUCUCCCGGAUCUCGACCGACGACUCCCCUUCGCGCAUCUUCUCGGUCCUCAUUCCGGACGUCGCAAAGCCAUGCUUUCGGGGGAGCGUCGCCUCUUGACAACUUUGAGCCACAGUUCGCAGAGUUGAGCGACUCAAUGGCAGACCUUGAGGCGAACCUGAUGCAUCUGCAACUCAUGCAUGAGAGCCUAAGCCGAUUUGCAGAGAGCUUUGCCAGUUUCUUGUAUGGGUUGAACAUGAAUGCCUUUGUCGUGGACUUUCCCGAAGCUCCGUUACCUGAAUCUUUUAAGCGCUUCCAGAAACGCCAGGGUCAAGGGGAUAUGGACGAACAGACCAUCUUGCCGAACAAUAGCAUUGACAGUCGGUUGGGAGAGGGUGAGGCGAGCAUGUUGAAUGCAGACGCCAGCUUCACGAGCUUGAAAGCUACACCACGUCGGAAGACAAUGGCACCGUCAGUCACUCCUAGCACGAUGUCAACAUCAACGUCGACAUCAAAACAAAGCCAUAUACCAGGUCGUGGAGGGAUGGCAGGGAGAGCGAGCAGAGCCACUGGUCGUGGAGCAAGAGGGAGCGGUCUACCACGCGGGAAAGGAAGAGGUGCAAGAUAG